AUGUUAAGACACGCCACCAGAUCAGUCGCCAGGGCAAAUGUCUUGAGGAACUCCAUUUCUUCCCUUAGAACUGCUACUAUAAUUCCCAAAGUUGUUCGUUUCCAAUCCACAUCUAGCAAAGCACCUGCUUCAGACUCUGUCUAUACUGAUGCCGAAAUAGUGAGAAAAACAUUACAUUUCCGUAGAGUCGAUGAAAAGGAUGCUCGUAAAUCACCACAUUUGAUUGCCCUUCAUGCUAGAUUAAAUUUACCUGAAUCAUUCCAAUAUUCAACCUUAUCCCAAUGUCUUAAUUUAUUGAAGAAUGAUGGUGGAUUAGCUAGUAAUUAUGGUUUACAAGCUUUAGGUAAUAGCAUAAUGGCUUAUUAUGUGAAUGAAUAUUUAUGUACUCAUUAUCCUCGAUUACCUUUGGUUAUUCAUCAAGCUUCUGUUGAUGCUUUAAUGGGAGUUUCUGUCCUUUCUGAAAUUGGUCAAUCUUGGGGGAUUGAAAUUGAUGAACCAACUAAAUUAGAUAAAAUGUUAAGUGAACAAAGAGAUCAUAUUCAAUUAGGUAAAUUAAGAUAUGAAACCGAUAUUGCAAAACGUACCAAGAUUACCGAAAGUGGUAUAGAAGAAGUAAAUGGUCCUGGUGCACACUCUACCACUCAACAAGAUAAAGCAUUCGCGUCGGUUGUAAAAGCAGUUGUUGGAGGGUUAUAUACACAUGCUGGCGAAGAUGCAGCUAAGCAAUUCAUAAAUGAUCAUAUCUUAUCCAGAAAAUUACUAUUGGAAGAAAUGUUUGAAUUCCAACGUCCAUUUAGAGAAUUAGCAGAUGUUGUUAAGAAAACUGGAUCAGAUGCUGAAGUUACUAUAAGAUUAAUCGCUGAAACUGGUAGAAAAACAGUUGCUCCUCAAUUCUUAUGUGGUGUUUUUGCUGGAGAUGAACAAUUGAGUGAUGCAAUUGGUGGUUCUUUGAAUGAAGCUAAGACUAGAGCUGCUGUUAAUGGGUUGAUGUCUUAUUAUUUAUAUUCUCCUAUUAAUUCUGAAGGUGAACAAAUUAAAGUACCAAGUGAUAAAGAGUAUAAAGUUGAGGGGAUCAUCGGUGAAGGUGACAUACAUUAA